GGCGGUCCCGGGGCGGCCCCGGGCGGGCACAGCGGCGGCCCCGCCCGAAGAUGGCGGAGUACGUGCAGGUGCUGAAGCGGGCUCUGAAGCACAUCGGCGGCCACGGCGGCGCCCGCGGCGCCAUCCUGCAGCUGCUCAGGGUCAAUGAUCUGAAGACUGGUAAUCUGGUAGGAACUGAUAAAUACGGAAACAAAUACUAUGAAGACACAAGAAACUUCUUUGGUCGACACAGAUGGGUCGUGUAUACUGAAGAAAUGAAUGGCAAAAACACAUUUUGGGAAGUUGAUGGAAGUAUGGUGCCCCCUGAAUGGCAUCGCUGGCUCCACUCAAUGACGGAUGACCCUCCGACUACUCAUCCACCAGUUGCUCGUAAAUUUAUCUGGGAGAACCAUAAAUUCAACCUGAGUGGCACCCCUGGGCAGUACGUGCCUUACUCUACUACUCGCAAGAAGAUCCAAGAGUGGAUCCCCCCUAAAACAGCCAGCAAAUAACAGCAACAGAAAUGUGACUUGCCUCAGCUUUGGCUUUCAGUAUAAAUUGUAUCUUCACUGGUUUGUUCAGAAUAAAAGCCUCCUAUAACA